AUGAGAGCUUGCCUCAGUAAUCACGCCAACUUUAAAUUCACAGAGUCAGAUGACAACAAGCUUAGAAGAGUAAUUGCCAAGAUUGGAACGAAUAAUUGGAAAGAAGUUACCAAGUAUUUUCCAAAUAGAACCCAAAGGCAAGUUAAAGAUAGAUGGGAGAAAUUUUUGUCUCCUGACCUCAAUUUCGGUCCUUUUUCAAUUGAAGAAGACAUUCAAAUUUUGAAAUUAUAUAAAGAAUAUGGACCAAAAUGGAUGCAAAUUUCCAGGAUGAUGCAAAAUAGAUCUGAUGUUAUAAUUAAAUCUAGAUUCCAGAAACUACAACGACACAAUGAAAGUUUGGAUAAUUUAAUAGAAAUUUCAAAUAAAAAUCAACAAAGCCAGACUGAAGUAGCACCAUUAAAGGAAAUAGAUGAUUUAAUAUCAUUUGAUGAAUGUAUGAACUUAGAGUAUGACAUUUUAGAUAAUGUUUUUAAUAAUUUUAUUCCAGAAUUUUAG